AUGAGUGUGACGUCGUCGACUGUGACUGUCCCCUCUGUCCCUGAUAGAAUCAUCGAGCCGCUGGAUUACUAUUCAAAGCAGAAGUUCCACCCGGUGCAUCUGUUGGACACCUUCCAAGGUACCCGGUACACGGUCAUCCGCAAAUUAGGGUACGGAUCGUUUUCCACGGUCUGGUUGGCCAGAGAUAGCAAAUCCGACCGCUACGUCGCGUUAAAGAUUGGACACGCCGAGUCUGAGCCAUCCCCUGAAACUGGCAUAUACGACAAACUAGCAAAGCCAGUCCCCAUUUCGCAUCCCGGCCGCAACCAUUACUUGCCCUUGCUGGACCAUUUCCGAGUCAUUGGCCCCAAUGGUACGCAUCAGGCAUUGGUCUACGAGCCGAUGGGAGCGAGCGUGCAUGAGGUGAAGGAUGCUCUCUUCCCCGAUACUCCGUUUCCGCUCUGGACAGCCAAGUCUAUACUAUGGCAGACUUUGCUCGCACUGGACUUUAUGCUGGCGAAUGACGUCGUGCAUGGAGAUGUACAGCCGCGCAAUCUCCUCUUCACAUUGGACGACCUGGCACAUGUACCUGUGUCUGAGAUGUCCCAGGACAAGGAGAUCCCGGUGACUCGGGUGUUCGAUACGAAUCUUGGUGGUGGCAUUACAGGACCGGAGUACCUCGUCGCCGCUGACUCCUUGAUGCAAUACAUUGACAUCUCCCGGCAGUUUACAAUCAAAAUCUCAGAUCUCGGCGGAUCCUUCCUAACAUCCAACCCCCCCAAAACCCCCUCUCCACCCCUCCACCUGCGCGGCCCCGAAACCCUCUUCCAAGGCCUCGUCUCCGCAAAACAAGACAUGUGGAGCUUCGGCUGCCUAAUCUUCGAGUUCCUCACAGGCACCGACCUCUUCGAUCUAACCGACUACCCGGUCUCCGAAAUCACAGACGACAUGCACUUCAUAGACAUGUACAACAUCCUCGGCUUCCCGACGGACACUAAACUCCGAGAUACACACUGGCCCAACUGGCGCGAGUUCUUCGGUCCAAGCGGCGAGCGGAUAAACCACUACAACCGGAAACGGGGGCGGGAUUUUGAUAGUGAGGGCAGACGGACGGCGCAUACAUUAGAGGGGUUAUUGGAGGAAUCACUGGCAGGGAGGUUUUCGGGUGAAGAGCUGCAGACUACAAUACAUUUGCUGCGUGGGUUGUUGGAGUUUAAUCCGGAGAAGAGGUUUACCACGAAGGAUGUGCUGGCGCAUAGGUGGUUUGAGGAGUUGAGGGGGUCUGUUUUGCUUUAG